GUCCCGGGGGGGGGGGGGCGGGGAGACUCCGUGUCCCACGACCGGGGCUGGAGACGGGGCCAAUGGAGCAGGAGGAGCCCAGCGGGGAGCUGUGCGCCCCUUGUGCGGGGCAUCGGACCCGGCCAGCCCCCUAGCCCAGCACUCGCGCCCCCCCCCCGCCCCCCGGGGCCGGGCAGGUGGGGAUCCGGAUCGGAGCCGGCUUCGGGGCAGAUCGCAGCCGGGAGACCGUCUCCACGGGGCUCCGAACCAGAACCGGCCCCAGCGCAUCCACUGGGCUCGUGGGACCCAGGACGGGACCUGAACCAGACCGGACCCAGCCCAGGAUCCACUGGGUCCCAGAGCCGCUGGGUGGCUGGGAAGCCACAAGGACCCGAGCCCGGCAGCCCCUGCUCUGGGGAUCCACUCACAUCAGAACUUAGCUCCGGGGCCAGGGAUCCCGGGAUGGGACCCACUGGGAUCCACUCAUGAAAGGAUCCACCUGGGACCCCAGCCCACGUUCCCUUCAGAUCCCACCCGGGGCUUGAUCCAUCCAAUCACAGGAUCCACUGGGACCACAGCCUGGCCAGGACUCGGGAUCCACUGGGAUCCUGGAUCUCCCGGGACGACAGGAUUGCCACCGACCCCGGCAGCCAUAGAUCCUUCCCCUUCCCCGGCUACAGGAUCUGCCCUGGGAAUCUGCUUCCUCGCCCUCCCUGCACUGACCUGGGAGAGGCUCCCCAGGGGUCACCGGAUCUGUUGGGAUCCCAGGAGCACUGGAUCUGCCCUGCCCCCGCGCUGGCGGCCCCAUUGGAUAAGGGGGCAGAUCCCUGCGCUGGCUCCCCCUUCUGGCGGGGCCACCUGGAGUCGAGAUGUUCUGGAUUCGUGGAUUCCUUCUUCUGUUCCUACGGAGCUCGACCGGGCUUCAGGGAGAAGCGCCCUCCGAGUGCUUCACGGUGAACGGCGCCGAUUACCGGGGGGCCCAGAACCACACAUCCCCCGACGGCCGGGGCCAGCCCUGCCUCUACUGGAACCAGACCCAGAAGCACGCCUACAACACGGCCAAGUACCCCAACGGGGAGUGGGGCCUGGGCAGCCACAACGCCUGCCGGAACCCGGACGGGGACGUCCAGCCCUGGUGUUACGUCCUUGAGACCGAGGAGGGGAUCUACUGGAAAUACUGCGACAUCCCCAGCUGCCACAUGCCCGGGUACGUCGGCUGCUUCCUGGACUCAGGCAACCCCCCGGCACUGAGUGGAAGCAGCGGCACCUCCAGCAAACUGACCAUCCAAGUCUGCAUCCGAUAUUGCCGGAAGAGAGGGUACAAGUUCGCCGGUGUGGAGGCCGGGUGCGCCUGCUUCUGCGGCAGCGAGGGGGACCUGCGGUGGGCCCAGCCCGCGGGGGCCGUGGAGUGCGACCAGGUCUGCUUCGGCAAGGCCAGCGAGCUGUGCGGGGGGGACGGCCGCAUCGGGGUCUACGACGUGUCUGUGGGGGCCUGCCAGGGGAACUUCAGUGCCCCCUCCGGGGUCAUCUACUCCCCGGAUUUCCCGGACGACUACGGCCCUGACAGCAAUUGUUCCUGGGUCCUGCGCCCGCCGGGCUCCAGCGCCGUGGAGCUCCGCUUCCAGAUCUUCGAGAUCCGGGACCCCAACGACCGGCUGGAGCUGCAGGAUGGGCACAGCCGCCGCCUCCUGGCGCAGUUUGACGGGCAUCACCGCCCCGGCCCCGGCCUCCUCCUCCCCACCGACGUCCUUGUCCUCAGCUUCCGCUCCGACCCGCUCCUGCAGGCCCAGGGGUUCGCAGUGGCCUACCGGGGGGUGAAGGGCCCCAUGCUGGAGACCUCGGAGGGUGACUCCCAGACGUUGCCCAGUGACCUGCUGCAGCCAACCUUCACGGACCAAUUCAACUCCAGCUGGACCCGCAGAGCCGAUGACAUAGCCAUCGGGCCAGGAGGCUGGAUGAUGUACACAGCUUCAGGGGCCUUCCUCCUCAUGCUCCUCAUCAUCUCAUACCACCUGCGGAAGAGGACCUGCCUGUUUGUGCAGAAGAAGAGCGGGGGGCUGCCCGGCUCCUUCUCCUCCGCCGCGGGCCCCCGGUGCCGCUGCCAGUGCCUGGCGGGGGAGGCCUGGGCUGUGGCCUACCGGCACACGGGGGUGCUGAUCUGCACCGGCCACAGCUCCCGGCACCCGCCUCCGCUCCCCGGCUCGGACGACGAGGCUGCCUCCGACUGCGCCUGCCUGUGUCAGAGCUACGAGAACCUGGCGCCCACCAGCCAGUCCUCCCUCAAGUCGCUCCUGUCCCCAAGCUGAGCUGGGGGGUGGGCGGACCCCCGCUGGACUCCCCUCCCGAGCCGGGGGCAACUCCGGAACCACUGCUUCGGAGGAGAGCUGGGGGGACCCCCGAAACGUGCAUUCAUGCCCCCAGUGUCUGCUGCCCCCUGCAGCCCCCAACUCCACAGAGACCCCAGAAAUGGGGAUCACGCUCCCCAGUGUCUCAUGCUGCCCUGGACCUCCACUGCCCUACGAAUGGACCCCCCCCCCCCAAAUGGGGUGUCUGACUCAGUGUCCGAAACAACUUCUGCAGCCUCGCCAAAUCACCGGCGACGUCAUCCGAGAUGGGAUGGGUGGCCCUGUCUAAUGCUCUCCCCCGGGCCCCACGGAUGUACCCCAAAAUGGGCUUUGUGCCCCCCCCCACCAGUGCCUAAUGCUAUGGCCACCCCUCGACGAUGAUGCUGGUUUGACCCACUGAAAGAAGUGGCUCCAAUCCAGCCCCAAGGCAGGGGACUGGCUGGCUCAGGGGGGCGUGGGAUGAGACACAGGGCCUUGCCCUCCCGCAGCCGUAGAAAAGUAGCCCCAUGCCAUGGGGCACCUAUGGACACAUAUGGGGAGUAGCAGGGAGGGACUGGCUUGCACAGACACUGGGGAUCUGUGGACGGGGUGUAGCUCCCCUGCAGGGGGUGCUGUGACCCAUGUAAGAUGCACGAAUACACCCCCCCACCCCCGGGGAUCCACAGCGACAUGCCCUGAACCAGCAAGAAAGAUGAUAUGAGAAUGAGCCAGAUUAAAUUAUUUUACAUAUG